GUUACUGCUGUAAAUACAUAACAUGGUUAACGUUAGCUAACCUUGCUAAAUAACGUUAUUGAGCAUGUAACAAUGUUUAAGUUACGCCUUACUGUAACGGUAACGUUAGUUAGCGUUAACUAUUAAUUCAUUGCUGUCGGGAACUGUGCAAAAUCAAAUCUCUGGCCGGUGACACUGAACGCCGUAACGUUAGCUGUGAAACGUUAACGUUACGUUAUUUCGAGUGGCCACAACUCUUAUGUAAAAUCAGGUUAGCAGCAAGCUAGCGGGCCGUUGUCAGCCAGGACCCAGAAUAGCAGCAUCAUCAUCAAUGGUGUGUCUACAUCCCGGAGCCGUCACAUUUUCCUGUGUCCGCUCAAUGAACCAUCUCCUCAGCUCUCAUCAAAGCUGCACAUGUAUGGCGUUUGUGAAGCUUGGAGGGGAGUUUUGCCAAGCCCAGCACCUGCUGCUUAUUGUGGACAAGUGAACAAGAGACACCAGGCGCAAACACUGCCAUUCACGCUCACAGGUCCCCACUGCCAUCCUGUUGAAACCAUAUGAAGACAAGCCAACCUUCAGCCUGUCACCUGUCCUGGGGAGUAGAGGGAGCCAUUGGCUUUAUCCAAGCUUCCUCACAGCUUUUCUCCUUUCCUGCUGUGUCUUUCUUCUUCUACUCUGAUUCAAACAAGUCUUCUCUGAAUGGGCUAACAGAUUUGAAAGAAAGGAAGGACAGAUCUUUGUUUCGUCUUCAUUUUUUUUUCUCUGGACCGCGAGUGUCUUCCCUGCCAGUCUUUUUGACCCCACUCUGCUAGAUCGAAAUUUUAGUUUUUAACCAAGCCAAGUUUAGUUUUUCCUUCGUUGCCAAGAAAGGUUUUGAUUCCCUCCGGCCCCCUAUUUUUUUCCCCAAGAAAUUUGUCUUGUCUUUUUAGUUUUUUAUUCAGACUACGUUUUGUCACCAAAGGAAUAGGAUAUUUCUGUUUUAUUCCCAUAAAUCAUCAGUUAGUAAAAUUAAUUUUAAAGUUUUUUUUUAUUUGAUGCAGUUUUUCUUUUAAUGAAAACGUUUUAUUUUUAAACAAUUGGGAAACUUUCACUUUGGUUCCUGUCUGUUACUCCUUUUUUUGAAACACAGUGCUCUUCUGAUCUUUUUUUCUUCUAUUAACAAACCUUUGUGGGUCUAAAAAUGAACCGACCGGCUCCAGUGGAGAUCUCUUAUGACUGUCUGAGAUUCCUCAUUACGCAUAACCCCACCAAUGCACAACUGGGAAGGUUUAUAGAGGAUCUGAAGGCAUUUGGAGUAAACACCUUGGUGAGAGUGUGUACUGCUACAUAUGACAAAACACCAGUGGAACAAGAAGGCAUACAAGUGCUGGAUUGGCCAUUUGACGAUGGUUCUGCCCCCCCAGACCAGGUGGUUGAUGAUUGGCUGAGUCUCCUGCAGACAAAGUUUAGAGAGGAGCCUGGCAGCUGUGUGGCUGUGCACUGUGUUGCUGGACUAGGACGAGCUCCGGUGUUGGUGGCGCUGGCUCUAAUUGAGUGUGGGAUGGAAUAUGAAGAUGCUGUUCACUUCAUAAGACUGAAGCGCCGUGGAGCGUUCAACUCCAAGCAGCUGCUUUACCUGGAAAACUACAAACCUAAACUGUGUCUGCGCUCCAAAGAUGCAAACGGACAGAGCUGCUCCAUACAGUAGGAAUCUACAACCCCACACAUCUUCAUAGGAGACUUUCAUCUUUUGAUGUUAAUUGGAAAGUUGACAUGUUUGGGUAAAAUAUAUAUUUUUUUUGGUAUUAUUAAAACAUGAAAUUUAUUCAAAGCGCUUCAUGUAUUUCCGAAAUGUCAAGGUCCUUACGUCAAAGUUCUGGAAAUCUUCUAAAAACAUAGACAGACAACUUCUGCUUUUACAUCAAAAAUUAACCUAGAAAGUGGAGGUGUUAAAAGGUUUAAUUUCUGCUUCCUGGUCUGUAACUUGGAUAUUUAGUAAAAAUACACAAAUACUUAGCCCAUUAAAAGUAAACCCAACAGUUAAACAGAAUUCAUUUUAACUGUCAGCAUCACUGUGAAAUCAAAAGUUGAAAACAUUUAUUCCAAAGGCUACGCUUGGAAAUCCUUGUUACAAGUGCAGCAGCUACAAUAAAUGCUGUUGAUGACAACAGACAGAUUUCAAACUUUGACAUUGGGAUCAGACAUUGAAAAUUAAGUGUCAGUAGCAAAGUAUGUUUGACAGUUGAUUCAUUUUUGCGAUGUUAAAGUGGCCUGCAGCUUGAUAUUUGUUCUACGCUACAACACUACAAAUGCUGAAUAAAUAGUCGGCAGUAUGUGCUUUCAAGAGGCUUGCUGGUUUAUUGCACAUCAAUCCACACAGCGGUUUAGACUGAUUUGUUAAAUCCAGUCUUUCCUCACUGGCCAAAUCAACGUCCUGCAGCCAGAAUGUGGCACAGAAGGUGACAUGAGGGAAAAAUAUACAGUGUUUAUGUUGAUUUGCUUAAAAAUUAGAAAUUUAAAAGAUUUUUUUAACAAAAUGUGCCCUCAGUUUGAUGCCAAUGUAACAUAUGCUGUAUUAAACAACACUACAAUCAACUUACCCACUGUAAGCUGUAGACGCACAGCCUGCUUCUCUAGAACAAACAAACUUGAGCUGGCUGUAAAUAAAUUUGACACUGUCCUUUGUAAUGUCACCAUGGCAUUACGAAGGACAACAUGUUUAAACAUCAGUGGGUGAAUGUAUUCAUAAAUCACUACUUUAUGGUUUUGGUAGAUUGUACUGUUUACAUUAGCUAAUAAGUGUAAAGAACACAAAUAAAACCCUCAAUAAAUAGUAAUUAAAAUAUUGGUACUUCAUUGGCCACACAAUGUUGAGCAACAUAGUGCAUGAUGGGUUGGCAGCAUACAGUAUGUGAUAUUAGUCUUCCAGCUAACAGUUUAGCAUAGAUUAUAUUAGGUGGUAAUUGGGUGAAUACAGUCUGGAAUGUACUGUUGAAUGAUAGUAGGCUCCAUGCAAACACAUGAGCAUGAACUAUUUAAGAUGGUAGAGAAAUGAGCCAGCAUUUAACAAAGUGAGCUUUAGUCAUACAAACGUAGUUCAUUUUGGUGCCCCAGGUGUCAUUACUGAACAGUUAAACGUACUAAUGGGACAAUCUCCCGAAUACUUCGUAUAUUCCUAUUACAACCACCAUAGAACAGGACUGUGGAGCCAACAUGGCUGCCACUGAAAACUGAGUGGCCAUAGUUCUUGUCUAUCUCCGGCUCUGUACGUAACUUAGCUGUCUGGUCAGCUCCUGUGUUUGUAAAAUGCUGUUGGUCUUUGUGAUCUUAUAAUUUUUUCUAUAGGUUUUUAUUUUCUUUCCCUGUACCUUUAUCUGUUUGUACUGGUUAUGUUUAUUUAUUCAUUCCACAGUGUUUCUUUGUGAAAUGUCUGUCUGCUUGAACAAAUCUGUUAGUCUUCUUGGAAAAAUUAAAGUGUUUAGUACCGUAA